GAACCGUAUUGCGCAGUGGGAAACGAGAUGAACGCAGUCCGUGAUCCGAAGUCGUGAAGGGAGAUUGAAUUUUCUCUUGUCACUUUAGUCUCGCAAGAGUUUCGUGACAUCGGUGCGUAGGAAACGAAGUCGCGGCGGAUUCUUAAGUGUCGAGGCUGGUGAAGUGCCGAAAAUGUUUUCCGGCUUGACAAGUCAGGUAUCCAAUUGGAUGGGCAAGAAGGCCGAGGAUGGCACCGAGUUGCCUGCCGAGGAGAAAAUCGUAUCGCCCGCUGCCGAUGGAGACAUCGAUCUCGAGAAGAAGGAUUCCAGCCCAACGAAAGGUAGCAGCAAGCUGGAAAUGCUGGCUGGAGUGAAGUCCCAGAUGACAGGAUGGCUCAGUGGCGGAAUAUCAGGAUUGAGCCGUGGUGCAGGUGCUCCCGGUGAGGUCGAUCCGACCCAGCAGCCAAAUCAACCUGGUGAACUGACUGAGACUCAAGCAUCGGGGGAUGGUGUUCAGGGUAGCUCACCCGAUCAUGUAAAAGACGAUGAUGCUAGCAGGUGGGUUGCAGGCGCGACCGGUGGUGCUGACAGUGGACCUGCCAGCUUGGAAGGUACCCCCACGGAUGAUAAGGAUGGCCAGCAACCCUUUGGAGCAGUCUCUACAAAGGCGUUGGCCGGUGCCAAGAGUCUUGGUGGAUUUUUGUACAGUGCUGUGAACAAGGCUGGAAAAUCGGUGGUGGAAGCAAGCGCAAAGAUCAAGAAGACCGUCGAAGAGAACGUCAGCAAUCAGAGUCUUCUGGGCGAAUUCAACAAGGAGCAAGAAGCCUUUAUUGCCGGCAAGCAGAAUGAGAAGGGCGAAGCAGUAGCACCCUGGGUAGGAGCACCCAACGAGGAUGCACUACGUGAAGAGUGCUUAGCUCUAUCGACUGAUCGACGCAACUUCGUGAGGGCACCACCACCAGGAGUCGAGUUUGCCUGGAAUUUCGAAGCUGCCCAACCAGUGGCACAAGCUACCCUUGCCUUAGACCCCAACCUGGAGACCAUGAGGUUCGAACUGGUACCCAAAGUCAUAUCCGAGGAGAAUUUCUGGCGCAAUUACUUCUACCGGGUGUCUCUACUUCGUCAGAGUCACGAAUUAAAUGCCAUGGCUAGUCAAGCGGAAAGCAAUCCUAAUCAAGCACUUAUAUCAACUGGUAGCAUGGACCAUACUCAAGUUCAAUCAAGUGCCGGGCAAGGAACGAGCGGCGCUGCCGUCGCAACUACCAGAGACAAUGCACCGGCGGAUUCACCGAGUCACGAGUUCGUAUCAGAUAGCAUGAGGGCUUCGGACACGGAUAUUCAGGAGGUCCGUGAGGGCAUGAAAAAGUUGGGAAUGCAGCCGCCUAAAGAAGAAGAGUGGGAACGUGAAUUGGAAGCUGAACUGAAGGAUUUCGAGGUGGUACCGGGGCAGAUAAAGAGCGCCGGGACGACGAGCGACGCGACGCCUGGAAAGGAAGAUUGGGAAGAGCAAAUCGACGAGCUGCUACAGGAGGACGAAGACCUGAAGUGAGCCAGGAGAUACGCUGAGGUGCGAAAGUCACUCGAUUUACCUGAAUAAAGGGGAAAAAAGGAAAUUACAGAGCCACAAGAUCAAAGCUUGAUUCACUGACGACAGUCGCGCCUCGUGGAACAUUAUUGUGUCUUCUGUGUGGAUCGCGUGGAUCUAUUACGUGAUCGUCCGAUCAUCCUCAUAAUCGGGAUAGACUUACUAGUUGUUUAAAGAGUUCAUUCGCGCGAUUGUAAACGACGCUUGUGGAUGUCGGUUAUGUCGGUUUUCUUUUUUUCUAUGCUUCCUUACCAGUGGGAUGAACGACUUGAAUUCGUUUGAAAAAUUUCCUUAAAUAAAAAUAGCAUUUUUGUCUUGGAGAAAGUCACAGAAAAAUCAUUAGGAUAUUCUACGCCACGAUUCUGAAUGACUCGGAACUUAGUAGUUUUCGAGGAACUGCGUAUGCUGGAAAUAAAAAUAAAGUCGUCCAUCGCUCUAGUAAGAAUCAGUCAAUCGUCCAGCGAAUUUUCAAUGGAGCGUCAGUAGUUUUAAAACAUCGAUUUUCUAUCAACGACAAGAACACAUCCACCCACUUAUUCACGCUUCGUCGUUGAGCAGAAAGUCUCUGCAAGACCCGAUGAGUUCGCUAUGGCUCUCCGACUGUCCUCAUCGAGGAUUAAUUAACCCCACCGGAUAUUGACUACAACGGCACCUUUGACGACGAUGCCUUUUCGAAUUAUCGAUCGCACAAUAUUGCAAGGCGUCGCGCGUCUUACGUCGCCUACCGACUUGUCAGUCGGACGCGAAUAGCGAAUGCGAGACUCGCAGUUCUUACUUGCGUAAAUAGGACGCUCGAGAAUGAGGCACGCGGACAAGAGAGGGUAUGAAGAGCGACUGAAAUCGUUUACCUGUCUAGAUAAAUGUAAGAACUUGUACGACCUAACCUAACCUAACCUAUCCAUGAAUUAAUAAUUCUGUCAAGUAUCAAGCGUCGGGGCACGCGAGGCGUACGACAGUCGUUAUGUAAAUUCAAUGUCUCUUGAACUUAUGAGAAAGAUAAAAUCCCAUGUCUGCAAGUCUCUCAUAUAUCUCUUACGAGCAUUUUCCUCUGUAAAUUGCACUCUCAAAAAUUCUAAUGAAUUCGAGUCGGCAGUUUCCAUAAAGACGUUAAACUCACAUAACCUAUGACUUAGAGCCAGCCUGACGACGAACAUUGACGUUACGAACCAUCUUCGUGACAAAAGUCACGUGGCUUAAGGCCAUUUAAUCUCUUGGACGAUUUGUAAUUAACGUAAUCAGAGGGGGUCACGUACCCAGUCGCGCAAUUUGUGUACAGUAUGCUGCUUAAUAGUCCGAAAGGUUUUUGUCGUUGCCACGGGCGACAAGAACAAUUGUUUUCUGUUUUGUACCGCCUUUCUGCGAAAUUACUCAUUGUUCUAGACUGGUGUGUCUUAUGCUAUUUGAAUUCUUGAUUUUACUUUACUUGUAUAUUGUGUGGUCUCGGGUUAUUGGUUUUCAUUGUACGGCAGAAUGACAUGCUGACUUGUAGAUACGAUAGGGAGGGGAAUGAUAGCUUUUGUUGAGGGAUGAAUAAUUAUUUCACUCUCAUCCAAUGGAGUAACGAGCAGCCGUUGUAAUAGACUCCUUGCGUUUUGAAAAUGAAGCGUUUGUACAUUACACUUGUUCAUAACGAUCCUUGAUGCUCUUGUAAAGAUUUUCAUUCGCGUUUAUAGCCGGGUAGGACGGGAUAAUUGUUUUCGGACAAUUAUUCGUGGCCUAAGUCUGUAUGGAACUGUAGUGAUAUCGAUUAGCGUAUUGUUUAAUAUAAACAGAGACAUUCCAAUUGCUGGAAUUAUGCGUUGAUUAUAAUGGGGCGACAUUAUGUUCUUUAUGCUCGGUGCCAUUGGCCAUGUGUCAUUGAUUGGCAAUUUUUUGAUGUUGAGACUAGCAAUAUAUGCCGACGGAAUGCGCGGUGCAAUUCGGCUAAACCGAAUAUAAAUAUCUUAAUGAAUUAUGGAAUAACGACAUCCUAAGAUGCGAUGCAUUCACUCAUUAAAAACAAAAAAUAUGAACAUACACCCGAUACUUAUAUAUACAUAUAUAAAUAUAUAUAUAUGUUGUUGACUCCAUUGAAAGUAUGAUAAUAUAUUAUAACUAUUAAUGAGAAUAUUAUAAUGACGCAGCAUUAAAUUUAAAACUAUUAAGAAAUUAAUGAUAUAAUUGCGAUAAUGUAACAAUAAAGGUCGUUGUACCUCAUGAGAAAUAAAAGCCGAGUACUCAGAUGCUAACA